UAAGGAGACAACUGGCUGGGUUGCAUUUCUUUCUUACCCUUAUCUGACACACUCAUUGGAUCUCAGCAACAGAUAUCUCCCAAUUGCAGUCACUCAGGGAAGAAUCACAUUCACAAUGCCCAAAGCCGGCGUCAAGCAAAAGACCCGCCAGACGGUCAAAACGGCCGCGCGCUCGCCCUUCGAACCAGGCCAGCCCAUUCGGAAUGACGACAUCGAGAUGGACGAUGAAACCAGCUCCGAUGAGUCGGACGUUCCCGAGAAGGACGAUGCUGAGAGGAAGCUCGAGGCGAUGCUCUUUGGCGACGACGAGGGUUUUCUUGGCGCACUGAAAAACCAGAAUGAGCGCAGUCUGGCGCUGGCGGAUAACAGUGACGAGGAGUCCGCGGAGGAUGGCGAUGAAAAUGAGGAUGAAGAGCGCGACUUGGCCGAACUGGACGACGCUGAUCUUUUCUUCCUUGAUUCUGGCGCCGGGCCAGUCUCUACGGAGCUUACUGAGGCGCCAGCGAUGCCGUCAGAUGGCGAGGGAAGCGACGAGGAGGUUGGUAUGCCUGCGCUGUGGCAUGAUAGCGACGACGAGCGCAUUUCGAUCUCGUUGGCAAGCCAUCAGAGGCUGCGGAAGCUGCGCGUUGCUGAGUCGGAGGAUGUAAUCAGUGGUAAGGAGUACAUUCGCAGACUUCGCAGACAGUUUGUCCAGUUGAACCCGACGCCGGAUUGGGCGGACGUGGAGAAGAACCAGCAGAAGAACGAUUCCAACGCAGAGAACAUGGAUACUGACGAUGAGGAGUCCUCGUCCACGCAACCACUGGCUAAGCUGCUCCAAAGCGCUACUGACCUCGUCAAGCUGGAGGACAAGACGGCGCCCGGCAGCCGCAGAAAGCUGCGCCAGGAGGUUGUAGAUAUCCAGCGCCUCAAGGAUGUCGGCAAAGACCAGCCGUCAUCGGUCGAUUCGCUCAUGUUCCACCCUCAUUACCCGCUGCUGCUCUCCUCCGGACCUGCAGCCACGCUCUUCCUCCACCACAUCUCCCCCUCCUCUCCGGCUCCUAACCCUCUUCUCACCUCUUUCCACAUUCGCAACACCCCCAUCCACAGCUCGGCGUUCCACCUCCCCACAGGCAGUCGGAUCUUCGCGUCCGGUCGUCGGCGCUACUUCCACAUCUGGGAUCUGGAGACCGGCAAGGUGGACAAGGUUAACGGCACGGCAGACCGCAAGGAGGAGCAGAAGUCCAUGGAGCGCUUCAAGCUGUCGCCCUGCGGCCGCUACGUCGGUCUGGUCGGCUCCUCCCGCAAGGGCGGUGGUCUGAUCAAUGUCCUGGACUCCGGCACGGCGCAGUGGAUCGCCCAGGUGCGGGUGGACGGCCGCGGCGGUGUCGCCGAUUUCGCCUGGUGGAGCGACGGCGAAGGUAUGACGGUGGCCAGCAAGAACGGUGAGGUCUCGGAAUGGGACGGCCGCCUGAACCGGGUGGUGGCUCGCUGGAUGGACGCCGGUGCAGUUGGCACGACGGUGCUGAGUCUGGGUGGCCGAUCCGGCCGGACCCAACUGGGCGGAGACCGCUGGGUAGCCAUUGGCAGUUCCAGCGGUGUGGUCAACGUAUACGACCGGCGCGAGUGGGCAGCAGCCUACGCCGCGGACCCCAACCAGGCGAUCCCCCGCAACCCGGAGCCGGUCCGGGCCCUGGACCAGCUCACCACGCCCAUCAGCCAUGUCGUGUUUGCGCCGGACGGACAGUUCUUCGUGAUGGCGAGUCGGUGGAAGCGCGAUGCAUUGAGAAUGGUUCACCUCCCAACCUGCACCGUCUACCGCAACUGGCCGACCUCCAACACGCCCCUGGGCCGCAUAUCUUCCGUGGCCAUCUCGCCCAACUCGGAGCACUUGGCGGUUGGCAAUGAACAGGGACGGAUCCGACUGUGGGAGAUCCGGGGGUGAUGGAGACUUGGGAGGGAAUCGAUAGACCUGCAUACAUACAUACAUACAUAUAUAUCUAAAAGUUCACAUUCCUG